UUUCUAUAUAGUUAACAUUUAACAAAAUACAGGCACAACAAUGUCCACUUUUAAAUUCAACUUUUCCAAUGAUGGAGAUGCUACGAAAGAUAAAAUAGAAGAAUCAAAUGAACACAUUGUUUGGUUAGAAUGUGAAGAAAUCAUACCAAACAAACAAAUAGAAGAUAUCGAGGAACUGUUAGCGCAUGCUAGGAUGUUCGCCUGCGGAGAUGUGGAGAUAGGUCAUGUGGUGGCCUCGGAGGCACUCAGCGAAAUGUACACUACGGAUAGUGAGUUUAAAAAUGCUGUUGAACUAGCAGAGAAAGAACAUAAAGAUCUAGUUGCCGGGAAAUACGAAGGUGGUCUUAAAAUAUGGGAAUGCACAUAUGAUUUAAUAGAAUAUGUGGACAAUCAGACUGGAAUCCAAUUUGAAAAUAAAAAAGUACUGGAUCUUGGCUGUGGCGCUGGCAUUCUUGGCAUUUACACUUUGUUAAAGGAUGCUUUAGUGACAUUUCAAGAUUAUAAUAAGGAGAUUCUAGAAUGUGUUACAAUACCCAAUGUUUUACUUAACAUUGAAGAAAAUGAAAAAGCACUGGACAUAAGCAAAUGCAAAUUCUACUCUGGCGACUGGGCCUCAUUUAAUAGUAAACUGGCUGAUACUGAAGUUUUUGACAUCAUAUUGACAUCCGAGACUAUUUAUAACACCACAAAUUAUGAUAAGCUAAUUGAUCUCUUUGUAAAAAGAUUAAGUAAAGACGGAGAAGUGUAUGUGGCUGCUAAAACAUGCUAUUUCGGAGUGGGCGGUGGCACAAGGCAGUUUGAAGCAAGUCUAGAGAAAAAUGGGCUUUUGGAAAGCCAAGUCUGUUGGAAAAGCACAGGGGGCAUUCUUAGGGAAAUAUUAAAAUUGACCAAAAAGACAUGACAUUUAUUUAUUUAAUUGAAUUGAAGUAUAACAAAAGCAUUGUAAAACAUCAACAUUGUAAAUAAAAGUUAUUAUAACAAC